ACAAACAAAUAAUCAAUUGGCCAGUUCUAGUCCGGUCCAGUUCACCUAAUUAGAACCAAUCCGGCUCCUCCUAAGUCGGAGCUCAAGAGUUAACCCCUCGGUCAUUAAUAGCGUAGCACCCCAUCCAUCUCAUGGUGGAACUGACUGCCCCUCGUUGAAUGAACCCAAAAAACGUCGAUUGCUCACGACGUCAGUAAUCUACACGCUAAUACUGCCAAAAUGUCAGCUUCUUUCUUCUCCCUUGAGGGCCAAACUGCUCUUGUAACUGGUGGUACUCGCGGUAUUGGCCAGGCUGUAGCAAUUGGUCUUGCUGAAGCUGGUGCGGAUAUUAUUCUUGUUCAGCGAGAUACUACAUCACAGUCAACAAAAGAGUCGAUCGAGAAGCUUGGUCGCAAGGCUUUCAUCUAUACUGCCGAUCUAUCAUCUCAAGAAUCUGUUGCUGGCCUUGUGCCCAAGGUCUUGGCCGAUGGACACCAGAUUCGCAUCUUGGUGAACUGCGCUGGCAUUCAGCGGCGACACCCUUGUGAAGUCUUCCCUGACAGCGACUUUAAUGAGGUCAUUCAAGUAAACCUCAACUCCGUCUUCACCCUCUGCCGUGACGUCGGCGCACACAUGCUCAACCUCGAACCCUCUCCCAUCACCGGCCGUCGCGGCAGCAUCAUCAACUUCGCCUCCCUUCUCACCUUCCAAGGCGGUUUCACUGUCCCCGCCUACGCCGCAUCCAAGGGUGCUGUAGGCCAAGUCACCAAGAGUUUCGCCAACGAGUGGACCUCAAGGGGUAUCACGGUGAACGCCAUUGCUCCCGGUUACAUCGCUACCGACAUGAACGAGGCUCUUCUUGCGAACCCAGAGCGUCUUGCUAGUAUUACUUCGCGAAUUCCCGCGGGUAACUGGGGUUCACCGGAUGACUUCAAGGGUACGGCUGUGUAUCUGGCGAGUAAGGCUAGUGGGUAUGUGAGUGGACAUGUGUUGGUUGUUGAUGGCGGUUGGAUGGGCCGAUAAACGAUGCGUUCGAAGGUGGUCUCUGAAGCAAGCUUGAAAAUAGAUUAUAAUAUAAUAUCUUCGACGUUUUUACAAAGUUGGAAUGUUGAGUGAUUAACGACGGGCGCGAACAAGUCUUCGCUUGGCCAAGCGAAGGGAACCGCUUGGGUCGAUGAAUGUCGUGACUCGGUUUGUGAGAUGCCUGGCGAUAUGGAAAGCAUUCGGGUUCUUGGAUCGAACAAGUGAUUGCAAGGCCGCGAUUCGGACUUUGAUAAACGAAUGGCUCAGCUCGUCGGACAUUUUGAUGCUGACUUGGGGAUUUCGAGGAAGAGACUUU